GUUCCCAGCCCUGAGAUGAUGUCCUGGAAGGAGAAGCAAGUGAGUCCACCCCCAUGUUUCAUCCAGCGCCUGGACCACCUUGUGUUGACUGUGAAGAGCAUUGAGGACACUGUGGACUUUUACUCCAAAGUCUUGGGCAUGCAAGUGGUGACUUUCAAGGGGAACCGCAAAGCUUUGCACUUUGGCAACCAGAAGUUGAACCUGCAUGAGGCUGGGAAGGAGCUGGAACCCAAGGCUCAGUGUCCAGUCCCUGGUUCUGCAGAUAUCUGCCUUAUCACAGAGAUGGCCCUGGACCAGCUGCUGGAUCAUCUGAAGGCCUGUGGGGUGACUAUUGAUGAAGGUCCUGUGGCCAGAACUGGUGCCAUGGGUCCUAUAACAUCCAUCUACUUCCGAGACCCUGAUGGGAACCUGAUUGAGGUCUCCAAGUACUGCAGAGACGUGGCUGCAGGCAACAGAAGUGAACCCUGA